AUGCUCUCUGGUAUCAUUCCCUUGCGCCUCUACAAUUUCUCAUUCUUGCAUGGCUUCAACGUGGCUGUCAACCAGCUGCAGGGUAGCCUUCCACCAACCCUGGGCAAUGCACUUCCUAGACUUAAGUAUCUUUUGUUCGGUGGUAACCGGUUUGAAGGACCCAUUCCAGCUUCAUUAGGCAAUGCCACCGGAAUUUUAACCAUCGAUAUUUCUACCAACGGUUUUAGCGGACCGGUGCCUUCAAAUUUGGGAAGAUUGCGAGGUCUUCGCCAUCUCGAACUUGGUGUAAACCAGCUUGAAGCAAGUGAUGCUAACGGAUGGGCAUUUCUCGACUCUUUAACCAACUGCAGUCUUUUACAGCUAUUGGAUCUAGAUCAGAACCAGCUUGGUGGUAUACUGCCAAAAUCAAUCACCAACCUCUCCGUCGAACUCCAGUUUCUAUCAAUUGGAUUUAACCACAUAUCAGGGAACAUUCCCUCUGGAAUUGAAAACCUAUUCAAUUUGUAUGCAUUGGGGUUUGAGAAGAAUCUACUCACCGGUAAUAUCCCAGAAAAUAUCGGAAAACUUCAGAUGCUGCAGCUUCUUUCCUUGGCUGGCAACAGGUUAACAGGGACCCUUCCAUCCUCCCUUGGCAACCUCACCCGGUUGAAUAGACUCCAGUUAACCAGUAAUGCCUUUGAAGGACCAAUACCUUCAAGUCUGGGAAAUCUCCAACAUUUAGCAGAUCUGGACCUAUCCAAUAACAUUCUUAGUGGUAGCAUCCCAAAAGAGAUAUUCAACCUUACUUUCCUAUCAAAUUAUGUGGAUUUUUCUCUCAAUUAUUUGAUUGGGAAACUACCAUCGGACGUUGGCAGCAUGCAAAAUCUCAGAUCAUUAUAUCUGUCUGGAAACAAGUUGUCGGGUGAGAUACCUGCUACACUUGGCAAUUGUGAGGUCUUGGAAAUACUCCUCCUUGACAAUAACUUUUUCCAGAGGACCAUUCCACCAUCUUUGAGUGACAUAAAAGCACUUACAAAACUCGAUCUCUCGCACAAUAACCUGUCAGGGCCCAUACCUGAAAUGCUAGAAAACUUACACUUUUUGGCGUAUCUCAAUCUGUCUUUCAACCAUCUUGAUGGUGCAGUGCCCACAAAGGGAAUCUUCAACAAUGCAACUGCUAUCUCGCUACUUGGCAAUGAUGGGCUCUGUGGAGGAAUAACAGAACUUCACUUGCCUGCAUGUCCCAGAAAAUCAUCAGAAAAGAGUGGAAGUUCUCAUCUGGUUCGAGUAAUGAUACCAAUAAUUAGUGCUAUUUCAUGUUUGACACUGAUUGUUCUAUUUGUUUUCUUUUAUUCGAAACAAAAGCCAAGAAAGGACACGAGAUCGCCAGCAUCUUCCUUUGAUGACAAAUAUCCGAAAGUAUCGUACAGGAAAUUAGCUGAGGCAACUGAUGGGUUCUCCUCCACAAACCUUAUUGGCGCAGGAAGAUAUGGCUCAGUGUAUAAAGGGUCUCUACUUUGUGGCAAUGCAGCUGUUGCUGUGAAGGUUUUCAACCUGAAACAAUUAGGAGCUAUCAGGAGUUUCGUAGCUGAAUGUGAUGCUUUAAGAAUCAUCCGACAUCGUAAUCUAGUCAAGAUCAUCACAUUGUGCUCUGGUCUUGAUUUUACGGGAUAUGAUUUCAAAGCUCUGGUUUUUGAAUUGCCUAAUGGGAGUUUAGAGGAAUGGCUGCAUCCAAGAAUCAGUGAGCAGGGAAUGACGAACAGUUUAAAUUUACUUCAGAGGUUAAACAUAGCCAUUGAUGUUGCUGAAGCAAUGGAUUAUCUUCAUCACAACUGUCAACCACCAGUUGUUCACUGUGAUCUGAAGCCUAGUAAUGUUCUUCUUGAUGUAGACAUGGUUGCUCAUGUGGGGGAUUUUGGGUUGGCAAAAAUCCUUUGUGAAGCUAUGAGCAGGUCCUUGCAAAAUUCAGCAAACUCAACUGACGUCAUAAGGGGAACAAUUGGGUAUGUUGCUCCAGAGUAUGGGGCAGGGGGACAGGUCUCUACAUCAGGUGAUGUGUAUAGCUACGGAAUCCUUCUUUUGGAGAUUUUUACAGGAAAGAAACCAGCUGAUGAUGCAUUUAAAAAUGGAUUGGCCCUUCAUAGUUUUGUUAAGAUGGCAUUUCCUCAGAGGAUCGAGGAAAUUAUUGAUCCAUUGCUACUGAUCCAAGAUGAUGAUCCGAGAGCAAGCACUAGGAGACUUCACCAAUGCUUGAUAUCUGUGAUAAGAGUCGGCCUCUUGUGCUCAGCAUCAUCACCAGGUGAACGAAUGAACAUGAGAGACGUGGCCACUGAAAUGCAUGCAAUUAGAAUCGCUUAUUUAGGGGGUAGAGACUCAUGAAAACAGAAGCAAAGACCGCAUCUUAUGGGCUACGCCGACCUUGGCUCUAAAUUUAUUAUGGUAGUAGGAUCAAACUUGUCAUACUGAACAUGUCACGAGUUUCAUUGCAUUGAACUUUGUGAGCGUGGCAUGAAUUUGAAAGGACCCACGGUACAAAUCUGGCCCAUUUUGGACUUCAGUAGGUCUAUUUGGGUAUUUUGAUUUUUUCUCUUUGUUUUAGGAUUUGGUGACUAUAUGUAUAUUAUAAUCAUGCUUUUUGUUACAAGAAGGGGCCAUCUUUUGUUAUUUGAGCU